GCUGUGGGACGGCAGUUGAACGACGAGAAGCCACCAGUUGGGAGUGUGGUUUAAUUUCCGUACUUUUUACGUAAUACGUGUAAUAUUGUUGUUAUAGACUUUUAUUUUUUUCACAUGUUGUGGUAAAUUAAUAUAUACGAGGACGCUUUAAUUUCGAAAGAAAAUCGUCACCCAAAAAGCAAUAGUAAGAGUCAGCACUCGUUUAAGGAACUGCAGGCGCAGACAGAACAACAGCAGUCGCCCAUAUCUGGCUUAAAGCACAUAAGCGCAGCAGCAGCAACAGUUUUAAAUUCCCGCCGUAGCACUAACGAAGUAACACCGACUGCCGCAAAUACCCCAAUUCCAACAAACAGUAGAACACCUACGACCAAAGUAACCUCAGCAACUCAGCAAAAGCCAAACACACCUCAAAUCAAAGAACAGGCAGUGCAACACUUUAAACGUGGGCAGCAACUGAGUGGCCGUAGUAGCAGUCACACUAAUAGUAAACAUAAUACUGCUGCGAUAGAAUAUCACCACAACAGCGUCGAAGUUUGCAGUGAAGCGCCAACUUCAAAGAAUUCCGCUACACAAGUUGGUAGCGCCACUGCGGCAACUGGAUUAGCGUGCACACGUACAACAACUGGUGUAGUGCCAACGCCAGCGACGUCAACGGCUGUCACGCCGGCGUCGUCGUCUGCGUUCACACCCUCGCCAAAAGCGAGCAAUAAAAAAGUGAUGCACAGUCACGCCACGGCGACCCAGCAUAGCGGACAAACAACAGUGGUUGGUCAUCAUCGCGGCUUCUCGCAACCAUCUGUGACAGUGGCGGCCAAUUCAGCAGGCGAUCCAUGGUUUUUACAAUCCACCGGGCAUCAAAUGCCGCCGACAGCGCCUUUGCGACAUAAUAAACGACCCGCGCCGCAACCCAAUCACGCUAAUAGCGUUGGUGGCGCUGGCCUAGGAAUUGGCGUUGGCGUGGGAACAGGCGGGGGUGGUGGCAUUGCCGGUGCGGGGAGCAUCGGUUUGGCGAACUCUGGCGGCGUUGGUGCCAAUUUGUUGCAUCAACAACAGCUGAGUCAAUCGCAGCCUCACAUUGUACCGCCGAAUAUUCCGCCGCAUCAUCACAACAAUGUGAGUCAACAUCACAACGCAAUCCAUUUGUCCUCGCAUGCACUUAAUAGUCAUAAUUUAAUAUCGACCGCGGUUGGUAGCAAUCAUUCACCAAAAUCACCCAAUCAACAACAACAGCAGCAGCAUCAUCAUCAUCAGCAGCAACAACAACAGCAGACGGCACAAUUGACCGGCUCUACGACACAGCCGCAUGCACAUGCACACGUUUUAUCCACCUUUGCACCAACUACCGGUAAUUGUGCGCCCACGGGUGGUGUGACAGCCGCCGCGGUGGCCGCCGUCACACAACAACAGCAACAGCAGCACUUGCAGUUGCUAGCGAAUGCUUCCAGCAAUAGUAACAAUAAUCUGAUGUCGUCCUCAUUGAAUGCGGCGCAGCAUAGUGCCGCCUUAUCGUUACAUGAGCGCGGCUUACCACCAAAAAGUGGCGCCCAUGUGGCCGGUUUGGGCGUCGGUUUGCACAGUAGCAAUAUGCUAUUGCAUCAAACACAAGCGCCCACAUCGCUUACGAGCAGCCAACAGCAAACGCAAUCGGUGAUAUCACUGAACACAGCUGGCGGGAGUAGUAGUGCUGGUGGUGUGGCUGCUGGUAGCGGUAGCUUAACUGGUACAAGCAUGUCCACAUCUUUGCACAGUUUUGAUAGUGGCAGUUCGGCGGGCAAUGCCUGGGCAAGUAAUGCUAGCGUAGCAGUGGCAGCUUUGCACUCACCCACUAACGCUUUAGGAGGCGGGAAUCAACAUCAUUUACAACCUCAACGCAAAUGUGAGGUUAAACUGAACGCAAUGCCUUGGUUCCAUGGCAGCAUAACACGCGACGAAGCCGAACAUCUAUUGCAACCACGCGAAGACGGCCUCUUUUUGGUGCGUGAAUCGACGAACUUCCCGGGCGACUAUACGCUAUGCGUCUGCUUUCAGGGCAAAGUGGAACAUUAUCGUGUCAAAUAUUUGGGCAAUAAACUAACCAUCGACGAUGAAGAGUACUUUGAAAAUCUGGGGCAAUUAGUUGCGCAUUAUGAAGCUGAUGCCGAUGGCCUUUGCACACAACUCAUCAAAUGUUUACCCAAGCAGGGAAGACAGGAGUUCUGCAUUAAUUCAAAAGAUUUCCUUGAUAAAGGAUGGGUCAUACCGGAGGCUGAUUUGCAGCUACGCGAAAGCAUUGGCAAAGGCGAGUUCGGUGAUGUGAUGUUGGGUAUACUGCGUAGUGAAAAAGUCGCCGUUAAGAUGCUCAAAGAUGAGGGCGCUGUACAAAAGUUUUUAGCGGAAGCCUCUGUUAUGACUACAUUAGAGCACGAAAACUUGGUAAAAUUCAUAGGAUUGGUGUUUACAAGCAAACACAUCUACUUGGUAACGGAGUAUAUGAGCAAAGGUUCGCUGGUCGAUUAUCUACGUUCGCGUGGACGCCAGCAUAUUACGAAAAAGGAUCAAAUCAAUUUUGCCUACGAUACCGCCUCCGGCAUGGAAUAUUUGGAAGCUAAAAAAGUCGUGCAUCGCGAUUUGGCCGCACGCAACGUACUAAUCUCCGAAGAGUGCGUUGCCAAAGUUUCCGAUUUCGGUUUGGCGCGUGAAGAAUGCUAUAAUCUGGAUGUGGGCAAAUUGCCCAUAAAAUGGACGGCGCCUGAAGCGCUCAAGAAUGGUCGUUUCUCCAACAAAUCCGAUAUGUGGAGUUUUGGUAUUUUGUUAUGGGAAAUCUAUUCAUUCGGUCGAGUUCCUUACCCCCGCAUACCCCUCAACGACGUCGUCAAACACGUUGAAGUUGGCUAUAAAAUGGAGGCACCCGAGGGUUGUCCACCAGAAAUAUACGAGAUGAUGCGGCAGGCGUGGGACUUGAAUCCCUCGAAACGUCCAACAUUCUCCGAACUGAAAGUUAAAUUGUUGCACCUGAAGAACACUACACCAGCGUGAGAGCAUAAUUGCAAUGCACUACGAGUGUAGGGUGUGACAGUCAAACAAACUGCAAACAGCAAACAUUUAAAACAAUCCAAUCCAAUCGAAGUGAGCAACUUAAAUUACCAAGUAAUAAACACACACACAGAUAUAUAUAUAUUUAUGAAUUAUGAUUAAUAUUGUUUAAGGUUAGAAACACUAAAGCAAGGUUAUAAAUUAAAAGAAAGGGACAUUUAUUGGUAAGCAUAAAAUUGUAAAAUGUUAGAUUUCAACAAUUUGUUUGUUUUUAUUUGUAUUGUUUUAAGUAAAUGUAUUUGCAAUUUAAUUAAGUUGAAAAUGUAAGAAUAAGCUGGGUAGCGCACUUUUGAACGGCGUUAAAGAAAAUACAUAUUGUGUAAUAAAAGGCAAAUGAUAGCGCUCGUUUCGCCAAUGCACGUGCGUACCCGGUGAAAAUUGAACGAUAGCAGCUAGUUGACAAAUUAAAUGUGAAUUAAAAAUGAAAUUUAAAAACUUAAUCUAGAACAUAAAAUAAAUAUAAAAAUUUAUCUAGUUUUGAUGAUUAUUUAUAUGCGUAUAUUUGUUUUUAGUUUCUAAUUACAAUAACUAUGUUGUACUACAACACUAUUUACUACUACUAUAUUACUAUUUAACACUGCUGCUACGACAAUUGUAUGUUAAGUUUACUUACGUUAUUUAUACGAAGACACAUUAGCAAACACACACACAUACACUAUUUGUUUAAUCCAUUUUUUUUUUAUAAAUACAUAAUAUUAAUGUGAACCUGUGGACAUGAAUGUAAUAAAAUGUUAAUUUGCUUAAAA